GUCGGUACAGACAAUUUUUUUAAGUUACAAAAUUAAUCACAAAAACGUAAUUUCACUUUUUAAGCAAACAUUUUUGUCCACUGAAUUGGAUUUUAGACCGCUAAAAUAUAAGCGAUAGCAGUAAUCGGGAAAAUAUGUUUCCCAUAGUUUGAUCAGGAGAGCGGUCCAAAGUUUGGACCCCUUAAUGUUUAUUCAGAGAAAACUUUUUUUGCGUCCGAUUUCCCAAGUUAAAAUAUCGUAUGCACUAAAUAAUUAGCAUGCCGUCGUAAACCCAUAAAAUUGGGUCGGCAAAAAGUCCACCACAAAGGUGAAUUUCUCCCAAUACUUGAUCUAGGAGUCCUUCGUCUUCUGGAUUGCAUUGAAAAUUACGAUGAUACGGAUUUGAACAUCAGUAGUUGUAAACUGAAAAUUCGGUCGGCUGUUCAACGACGGUUAUGAUAUAAAUAAAAAAAUUAGUUAGCAUGUUUGAGGUUAUCCUCUUGAACCAUUAAGAUUAAGACCUUAAACUUAUAAUUCCGAUCAUUGGAUCAGAAUUUAAUCAGUGUGAUCUGCAUUUAAUUUUGCGCACUGUGCGAUUUAAGAUGUAUACUUAUCACCGAAUUAUAAUUCUUAAGAAUCUGGACUAUAUUAUUGCUCAAUACUUUUUAAUGUUUCAAACAGUGUAUCAAUGCAAUCAUUGGCAGAGCAAUGUUCAUAUAUAACUUGUGUAGAGAAAUAGACGAAUAUUUCUCAUUUAAUUACACGAUGUUCAAAUAUUCGACCUAUACAUUCAGAUGGGUGAUAAAAUUAUUCCUACACCCGGUUGGGAGUUUUAAAAUUGCAAAUAAAGACGCAUAGGUUUAAUCUGGGAGAACGAAAGGUAGAGCCACGUUCAAAAAUGGCUUUUAUGGAUGGUUAAGAAUGAUUCAAUUAAUUUUUAUAAUAAUUAAGCAGAUAAUUUUCUUGAAGUUAGCAGAUUUACGGUAUCUUUUUUAGUAGCAUCCAGCGAGUCGAAAUAACCUACUGAUUGAGGUAUUGGGUAUAACGCGUUUUUCUUUCUUUUCUUUUUUGUAUUCUUUUUCUAUCUUUCUUCUUUCGCAUUUUUCUCUCCUUGAUGCUUACUAUCACCCAUCUGAAUUUGUCGAUUGAAAUUUGGAAUAAUCUAUUUAUUUUUUGCGUUUAAUAAAUAUAUGUAUUCCUUCUAUAAAAUUAAACAAAGUUUUGUAACAAUCAUAUAUUACGUCUUACUUCUGCGAAAAACAUAUGUAUUUAUCACAUUUUUUGGUAGAAUUGUAACGUUUCUUCAUUUGUUGACAGUUGGAAUUCGAUGUGAUCUCUUAAAUGAAAAAGAAGUAUCAAGCGAGACUGGUAAAAAAUUUGCACGAAGUGAAAAUCUGGAGGUUUUAGAAUGCAACACCUUUUCUGGUGGAAAUGUAAACGAAGUUUUUGAACACAUGGCUUUGAGAAUACUUCAAAAAGAAGGAUUGAUACCACCUGAUGAAAUUGAAAUCGAAGGAAAGUCUCACGAAUGGAAAAAAACCAAUGAGGUGUUUGUCACUUCCGUUACUGAAAAAGAACUACUAAAUAGUUGUUUUAACGAAACAGAAAUUAUUAAUUGUAAGCCAAAAGAUACAAAUUAUCUAGAAGAUAGCAAUUUACAAAAUGGAACUAAAGGUGAAAGCGUUUUAAUGAAAAAAGACAGUACUCAAUCUUGUCCAUCAACCAGUAAAAUAAAAACUUCAGAGUUAAACGAAAAUUGUGAUCCUCCUGAUAAUAAAAAUGGCGUUGUACUACCAAAAGCAGAGAAGUCAGUAAUAUCAGAAGAAGAGAUGCAACAAGAAGGAAAGUGUCCAGCGUGGUUUGCUUGAACAGUAACUGCUUAAUAUUCGAGCUUGUUCAAUUUAUGAAGUUUUUUAUUAUUAUGGCUCUGUAGGAUCUCGAUAUGUCUUCUUAAUCAAGCAGCAAAAUGAACGCAUCAAAGCUAACCAAAAGUUGAUAUGCUUUGGAUGAUAAAAAUGGCGUAGUACCACCAAAUUCAAAAUAAUCAAAGCUUUUCUUAGAGAAAAAAAUAUUAAGCUUAAUUUACUUGAAUAAAAAAAUAUUAACUAUUGCAAUUUGUUUUUUUAAAAGCAGUUCUAUUGUUCCUUCAUCGUUUUUUAUUUAAAAGUAAAGGUUUUCUUUCCCUUUUCUGAACCCUAUUUAAUCAUAUUACUCCAUUCAAUUUUCUUACUUGUAGUGAUCCAAUUUUUUCCCGUAAACCAAUGCACAUUUGCAUUGCUUGUUGACAAAAAAAACCUGCAUUUUUGGACUAAAAUUCGGUUCGGUUUAAUUCAGAGUUAUGUCCAAAUGAAAAAUUAGAACCAGGAACAACAAUUUUUGAAGUCGGAACGAGUCUAAAAAUAAUUUCUAAAUUUAGACAAAAUCUUUACUGAUAGUAAAUUCGAUAUGAAAUGAUAGUUUUUACUGUAUAGCUUACAAAAACACAACAGCAGAUCUUAAAUCAGAACUUCAUUCGAAUUUAAAUCCGAGCAAAAUUUAUAUCACUUAAAUCCGAAUUUAGUUCUUGAACUUUUUUACAGAUAGCACAUUCAGUGAACAGCAGUGGAAAGUAAUCAACCCAAUAACGAUUAAAAAUAGCAUAAAAGUAGAACCGAGAAUCGAUAGGUAUCUUCAACUUCCAAAUAUGUUUAACAGUCAUUUUACCUCCUUAACCCAAACUAACUUCUUAGACUAAAAUGAUAUACACAUGAAAUACUAAAGGUCGAAUAAUAAAAAUACUUAAAUUUUAACAAAUAGUUUGUCUAAAAAUUAUUUAUGAAAUUUUGGUCUAUAAUUAGCUCUGCUAAAAUAGAAAAAAUUGUCGUAAUUGUAAAUGUCCCAAUAACAAUAAUUUAGAAAACAAUGCAAACAAUUUAAGAGGCUCUCAUGCAAAUGUUUUAAUUGAAGAGGCCUGACGCAAUUUAAUUUUUCCUUUCAGCAGUGUCUUCAGUGGAACUAAUUCAUUCAUUCAGUCAUUACUAAUUUUGAAAUUUGUCAAGAAUGAAUUUUCUAGUUUCUGAAGCAGAGAGCAGCAAACAGUGCAUUUCUAACUCCUUCUUUUUUUUAAAAUUGAUUUUUCAUAACAAUAUCCAUUUUUUGACGCCAAGCACUAUACCUUUACGUAGAACUUUUAAAAAACUAGCAUAUUUAGCAAGUCCUUCAGGUACUAUGUUUCCUAAUGGACUAUGCGCAUGACGUUCGAUUUAUAAAUUUUUUGGAGCACUGAAAAAUAGGUUCAGUAAAAUUCCACAACUGAAUAUGGUUUUAAACAUAUGAUGUACACAGUUCAAAUAUCUAAUAUUUUGUCCUGCAUUUAUUUGACUACGAAUACGAUAAGAUAAUCUUUCCAUCCAGAAGUUUUACUUUAUCUUUUAAUGUCAGAGAUCAAAAAUCAGAGUUUAUCGCUGUCUACUGUUAUUUUGAAAAUGGCUUAAAAACGUCAUUACGGGGAAAAGCCGCAGUUUUGUGAAAAUGAAGGGCGUUUGUGGUGUAAUUUUUUAAUAUUUAAAAACUGACCUGAAUUCAUGCAUUUC